UUUAUAUCAAACACUAUUCAUUUUCCACAUGAUGAACACUAUAAGAUCAACAUUGACAACCAUUGCUUUGGUUAAUUCACUUUGAGAUAAUGGCGGUGAGUCGAGUCGAGUUUGUUGCAGCAAGAGUUGCACUAGCGGCGUUCCUAGUGUGUGCUGGGAUUAUAAUUGGGUAUUUCAGUACUAGUACAUCCAGACAGAUGACCCUGCGGGAUGUAGCUGGAGAUACAUGUAAAGGUGACCAAGAUGAUAACCGUGAAUAUAUCAACUUCAAAAAACUAAUAAAGGAAGCUAAUGGUUCCAUCGCAGAUAGAAUCACGGAUGAAAUUAACAAGACCGAAAUUAAGAAAACACUCAGAAAAUUAUUGUCUCAACAACCCCCUGUUGCUGGUACCCAAGCUGAAUUGGAACGAGCUCAUUAUAUCAGAGAAAAAUGGUUAAAGUAUGGAAUUGACGAAGUGAAUAUAUUACCCUACGAUGUACUGCUUAGCUACCCCGGGGAUGUGAAAAAUAAUCCAAAUAUCUUGCAAAUUCUAGAGGAGGACGGUACAGUUGUGCAUGAAGCAACGUUAAAUGAACCUAUCCUUGAUCGACGAAAAGACAAACACGACAUUUUACCACCGUGGCUUGCUUACACACCGAGUGGCGAGGUCGAAGGGGAGCUGGUGUACGCUAAUCGUGGUUCAUUGGAAGAUUUUAAGCUACUAACUGAUGUACUGGGCAUUAAUGUCACCGAUAGAAUAGUUAUUGCACGUUAUGGUGGCAUUUAUCGAGGAAAUAAAAUAAAGCAUGCGCAGCUUUACGGAGCUAAGGGAGUCAUUCUCUUCUCUGACCCCGGAGACGUAACCGAGGAAGGUGCCGGUGUUUAUCCGGAUUCAGAAUAUCUCCCUGAAUAUGGCAUGCAACGAGGGACAACAAAAAGCGGAUACGGAGACCCUUUAACACCUGGCUAUCCUGCAAUUGACAUUACCCAACGUAUCUCUAUUGCAGAUGCAGAAAAUUCAACAAGGCUGCCACGGAUUCCUGCACAACAGAUAGGUUAUGCUGACGCCAAAAAGUUUUUCGAAAGCAUCGACCCUUCAAGUCAGGAGGCCCCUGUAACUUGGCGGGGAAAGAUAAACACAACAUAUAGGUUGGGCCCUAAGAUGGUGAACAAUAGAGUUGUAAGGCUGAUUUCUAGGAACACAAGAGAGACCCGUACUACACAUAAUGUAAUAGGAAUUAUCAGGGGAUGUAUUGAACCGGAUAGAUACGUCAUGGUCGGAGGUCAUCACGAUGCUUGGGCAUUUGGAGCAUUGGAUAACACACAGGGUACGGCCAUUUUACUCGAACUAGCAAGAGUUUUUGGCAAAUUGCUAGAUGAGGGCUGGCGUCCGCGUCGAAGUAUAAUUCUUGGAAGUUGGGGUGCUGAAGAAUAUGGGAUUAUUGGUGCAAACGAAUUUGUCGAAGAAUUCUCAAAAAACCUGGCUGAAAGGGCUGUCGCAUACAUCAAUACAGACGUGUCAGUUACGGGAAGAAAGUUCUUUCUUACGUUAAGUUCUCCUCUUCUGAAUAGUGUUAUUUAUCGAGCCACUGAAUUCGUCAAAUCACCAGAUGCAGAAUAUAAUACACUUCGUGAAUUCUGGAGUUCUCGAGAAAAAUUCGUAUUAAACAAUCCAAAUGAUGAACCAGUUAUCUUAAAAUUGGGAGCGCGAAGCGACCAUGCUCCCUUUUAUAACACACUAGGUGUGCCGAGUAUGAACUCUGGACGUUUUCUCAAUGAUUCAUCCUCUUACCCUCUUUAUCACAGUGCAUAUGAGACUUUCAGAGCAGUGAAGAAGUUCAUCGAUCCCACAUUUAAGUACCAACAGACGAUCGCUAGACUAGUCGGUGAAAUGGUAAGGCUCCUCGCCGAUGAACUUGUUCUGCCAAUGGAUGUUCGUUAUUACGCUAAAGACAUUACAACAACUUUUGCUCAAAUAAAAAAGAGAUUUGGAACAAAACUUGACAGUGAAAAUAUAACCCUGUCAAAGUUUGAAGAGGCUGUCGAAAGUUUUGCAAACGCAACUGAAUUGUUCAAUAUUAUGGCGGAAAACGUUGACAGACGGGAUCCAAUUGCCGUGAGAAUGUUGAACGAUAAAAUGAUGUUGUUGGAACGAGCAUUCAUCGAUCCACUAGGGUUACCUGGAAGACCUCUGUAUCGUCAUAUAGUAGCCGCUCCAAGCAGAACCAAUGCCUACGAUUCCGUGGGAUUUCCCGGGGUCGUUGACGCCUUCGCUGACGCUGAAGAUGCGCCAUUCGAUGAUAAGGUGAACAGUUGGAGUGUAGUUCAGAAAGAAAUUGCAAAAGCUACAUUUGCACUCAAGUCUGCAGGCUCAACUCUCCUUGGACACGUUAAACUUGGACGCUAGAUUAGAUUUCGCAAAGACAAAUGCCGUCAUCCUGACUUUGAGAUAAUACACCACUUUACAUAAUUCUGAAAAUUCUCGUCAAUCAAGCCUUUAAUUAUUCAUAUACUUUUCAGGAACAAUAAGCCAUACCAUUUUCAUCAUUCCCUCUAGAUAUUAAUCCAUAUAAUUACUUGAGGUGCAGUGGUACUUAACAGGAAAUGACGAAACAGGAAGUGACAAUACCAUGCUUGAUUUCAAACAUUUUUUGAACCAAGAUAAGAGACUUCUGUUUUGAUAUCCAGUCAAUUUAACUAGUUGCACAUAUCAUUUACAUGACCAGGAUCACAAUGUACAUGGUCAGAAUGACCCCAAACAUGAUGAAAUAACUUUUUCAGCCCUCUGAAAAUGUGACCGAAAAAUAGCUAAAAGUAGCCGUUAGGAAAGGUCACUGAACAGAAUCUUUUGAAUUUUUCAGAAAAUGUGCCCAAUAAAUUGCUCUACAUGAUACAAUCUUUGAAAUUUAGAAAAUUGUCUGCAAUCAUUGCAAACAGUUUAAUCCAUAAUAGAUUUGAUCUUAGAUCUAACUCAAUUAGAGAAAUUGAUGGCAGAGAUAGAGCUUCAAAGCUAACAAUAACUUCUGAAAUCAUAAACCUAAAAUGUAUGUAUAUGCUUUAAAUGUAAAUGUUUUAAUAGACUUUAAUAAACAUAGUUUUAUGUAGUUUAAAAAAUAUCAACGCAAUCGAUGCACUGUAUGGGCUGUUAUCCGAGUUUUUAUUACCACAAACAAAACAAGACUUUGUUUUUUUGUUAGAAAUUCAUCAUUUAAGCUGUUUUUAGAAAUGAUAAGCAAUAUCUUUAAUGUUUAUCGCAAGCUUAUGAUAACCAGUUGUGAUGACAUCAAAAUAGCGCACAUCAAAUGUCGAUUAUACCAACACACAUGACGCAGGCUUAGGUUUUGGAACUACCAAUUAUCGUAAAUUUGCCCUCGAAUAGUAAUAAUUUUGAUUAGUGACAUUGUAUAAUAUGUUUAUGUUUAGAUAAUUUAUAACAUAAAUAUUUAGUAAGAAUAUCAUAUACUAUGAUGUCGAAAAUACUGUAUAUCAUAUGAUACUUGCAUCUCUCUUUUUCCAUAUUAUUUCCUUAUUCUCUAGUUCUUUCCAAAUAUAAGAUUCGACUAGAAAAGUAUAUUAGUGUAGUGUAAUAAUUAAGCCAUUAUUUUACAACAGAAUAUUGUGUAAAACCCAUCCAGAAUGAUAUCCAGCGCAUUAGAUUUAUUGUAUUAGAUAUAUGUUAUAAAUUUCUGCUGAGUGCCAAGUUUUUGUAAGAAAGAAGCACAUUAUGACAAUUGUAUACAUAACAUUCCCCUCCAAACGUUUGGUUUCCCUGACUCAUCAUUUGGAGUUGGACAACGUGCCGAAUAUUUGAACAUCGUCAUUCCUAUGUUAAAUUAUCAAUUAAAUGGGAAAUCCUAGUAUUGCAAAGAUAUUUCCCAAUAUAAGAAAUACAAAAUUUGAAAAAUGAGGAAAAUUGAGAAUGAUGCGGUAUUAGUAAUUAAUAAUAUCAAAAUAAUUUUCAUAAUUUUUAAAACAUUGUCACAUUACAAAGAUUCAAGCACGAAGAAGCAGUGGUAGGGGUUAGGGUUGCAAAAUUUUUGGAAUGACGCAUAUAUAUCGGAGUUGACAUGUUCUGUACAGUGAUGCCAUCUAGUUUAAAACAAGAAUAAGAAUUAAAACCGUUAUAGUUGCUGAACAAGCCAAUGAAGGUAAUAUAUGAAAUGCGGUACCACAAUUUCUAUUUUAUUGCAGCUUCAUUUAAUAGUGACAUUUCUGAAUGUGUUUCAUGUAAAAGUCCCUUUCAUGUAAAAGUUCAACCGCUUGUGUUAAUUUAUUUACUCAAAAUCAUCAAGAUCCAUUCUGAUUUAUCAGAGUUCCUCUUUACCUAACGCUUUUGAGAGAACUGAAAAAAAGGAUAGUAAAGGCUGUGGAUCCCACAAUGAUCAAGAUCUGAUACACGUGAAAGUUCUUCAUUUCAAAAAGGAAAAUUUAAGCGAUAUUUUUCUUCGGAAAUGUUGCAUUUUGAAAAUAGAAUUUUGGGUUUCUUGAACCAUUGCAAGAUGGUGCAUCCCACCCAAGCUAAAUAGAUAAAAAAAAAGUAUAUAACAAAGAUAGUUUGGAGAAUUAUGUUGAUAUGUAGUAAAGAAAGAAUCAUUAUAAAAGUGUACUUUAUUUUCCUUAUGAUGAGUUGUAAUUUCAAACAACAAUUAUCAUUUCAACAACUUUUGUA